AUGCUUGGGGCUUCAGGACUUUGGGUGGCUGUGACGCUUUUGGGUCAGGGUGUGUCCGCAGGCUAUGGGCGGUUUGCGAAGCGCAAUGCUACCGAUUCGUACGCGACGAACUUGCUGCACGAAUCAAUGGAUUGGAUGGACAUGUUCUAUGAUGCUGAGAGAGGCUAUCUGUACAGCUUGAACUCGGCGGCGCUGACGCACGAGACGAGAGCGAGUGCUUGGUAUGCGGCGGGUUUGUUGGCGCGAAACGAAGGGGACGACGUUGAGCAAGCGGUGAGGAUUGUCAACAAUGUUAUCGGAGCGCAGUUCAAGAAUGAGAGUUUGCAGUGGUUCGGUGACUACCAGAUCUACCCUGAAGAGCCCACCGUGGGGACCAUGCAAUACCAGCCCAUUAUUUAUAAUACCUGGGAUCCCAACUGGCGAGGCUUUGUCGGUACCACCUUGAUUCUCAUGCUCGAGGAAUUCCCCCAUCUCAUUCCGCAAGACGUCCAGGAUUACAUGCUGGAAAGCCUGUUCAACACAACGGUUGGAGACAGCUACCGCGUAGGAGGGGUUGACAACGACAAUUUGUACCCGGCAUACAGCAAUCCAGCUAUCAUGCGAGCGUUCACAUCAGGAUGGAUCGGACGACGAGUCAACGAUUCAAAUAUGACGAUUGCUGGGGAAAACUACGCGAGAGAAGUCAUCGACCUGUUUACGCGCGACAACACACUUUCAGAGUUCAAUUCCGGAACCUAUGCUGGGGUUUCGCUCUAUGCGUUGACGCUCUGGGCGAAGUAUUUGCCAGAAGACAGUCUGAUGGGCCAGUACGGAGGGGAGAUGAUACGGCAGACUUGGACGUCCCUUGGGGAGUUGUACAAUGCCAAUUUGAAGAACGUUGCAGGACCUUGGGAUCGCAGCUAUGGAUUCGAUAUGAACAGGUAUCUCAGCAUUCUAGCUCUGCAAAUGUGGACACUCGUUGGCAAGGAGGAUGCACCCAUCAACGCAAAGCCAUAUGCAAUGGGCCACAAGAACGACUUUGCCAUCGGUCCGCUCAUCGCUAUCCUCGCCCCCUUCCACAACACUCUUGUUCCCAACGCGACAGUUUCAUCUCUGCUCGCUUUCCCUGGUACACACAGCGUCAGCACAUCGACUUUCUCCCCGCCCUUUGACACAUAUCCACGAAACGUCACUGCCUGGAUUUCCCCCAAUCUCACCAUCGGCGCCGAAUCCUUUGCCGAGAACGUGAUUGGUGGGCCUGCGAAGAACCCCAGCAGCUUCAACCCUGCCGUCGUACAAUGGGCCCGGAAAGAUGGAAGUGUAGGAUGGAUAUCGCUGUAUGCGCAGGUUUACGAAUUGGACGCCGUGGCUGCAGAAGGAUCCCUAGAUUUGACUUAUCCCAUGGCCAACGAGACAAGUGGUUUCUCCUUCUUGGUGGGGACGAACUCGUGGGACGGUAAGAGAGAUGUGGCGUCUUGGGCGGAUGUCGAGGGCGUGAAUGUCAAGGUUACGGGUUCUGUGGACAUGAAUUAUACGGUUGCGUUCAACGGCUUGCAUGGUACUGGGGCUGUGAUUAAUGAGUUUGAGUUCUGGAACUUCACGUAUACGAUGCCGAAGGGUGGUCAGGAGGUGCCGCAUGUACGGCUGGAAUUUGAGCUCGCAUGA